UAUACUGUAUUUUGUAUUGUAUGCAGAGCCUACUGUAAUAUCACUAUAUAGUACUUGUAUGCAGAGCCUACUGUAAUAUUACUGUUUAGUACUCUUACAUUCUUCCAUUCCCUCUCAUUCGUUGUUUAUUAAAUAUCACUCAAUCACUACUAAUGAGUGUAACAGUAGUGAUUGUUGAACCCUAUUCUCUUUUGUAAACAGAAAAUAAACAUAUUACAUUUUGGACUUUGAUCGCAACGGUUGUGUUAUUAUUUUUGUCUAUUUGAAAGACAUUACAUUGGCGACGAGGAAAAAUAAAAAAAAAAAAAUAAAAGUUAGUGUAUAUACACAUAAAAAAAUAUAUGUAAAUACAUAUAAAUCCAUUUUGUGGAAAUUAAUAAUAAUAAUAAAAAAAAAAAACACAACAAAAACAACAAGUAAAUGCCUCCUAAGAUGGAAGAAGCUGCAAAUCAAAGUUUUAAUGUUGCUCCAGUAACAGUGCUUCAAUCGUCGAAUGUGCCGGAAUUCAACCCUAAUGUGGAGUCGUGGAACGUUUGGAAGGAGAGAUUGGACAUUCAUUUUUUUGAAAUUAACUGUUCGGACGAGAACACCAAAAAGUCAAUUUUGUUGAAAUCAAUUGGUGUUGUGCCGUACAGAGUUUUGCAUAGUUUAUGCAGUCCGGAGUCUCCAGUGUCCGUGUCGUAUAAAAAGCUGUGUGAGAUUUUAGAUACACAAUAUACCCCACCAACUAUUGUAUUUAGUGAGCGGAAGAAGUUUCAUUUGUGUAGCAAAGCUGAAAAUGAGUCGGUGGCUGAAUGGUAUGCUCGUGUAAAAACAUUAGCACUCAAUUGCAAGUUUGGUGUCAGCUUGGAUGCAUUUGUACUUAAUCAAUUUGUUAUGGGUUUGCCAAAUUUCAUCUUUGAACGAUUGUGUGAAGAAGAUGAAACCCUAACAGUACAAAGUGCAUUAAGAAAGGCUAUGAUUUUGGAAACGAAGCAUAUGGCAAAGGCAGAGGAGAAAAGUCAAUGCACUGUAAAUUUGGUUAACGGUCAGAAAUAUGCAAAAAAUCACUAUGGUGGUGGUGGCAGAGGCAGCACUGGCAGUGGUAAUAGAGAUGGUGGUAGCAGCAGCAGCAAACGUAACAACAAUAGCAGAGACAGCAAGAGCGGCGGUGGCAAGAAAUAUGCAUGUUCUCAUUGUGGUUGGAGAAAUCAUAGUUCUCAGUCUUGCAAAUAUAAAGAGAGCAGAUGUCAUUCGUGUGGAAAAAUUGGUCAUUUGGCAUCGGUCUGCUAUAGUAGGAAAAAGAGUGUAAAUUAUGUAUCGAAUGAAAUUAAUGACGUUGAGAGUGAUGUUCAUGAAUAUAACAAUGUUUUCGAUUAUUCUAUUUUUAGUGUGGCUGAGAAAGAAAAUGGUGAUGUGUAUUCUCUGGAUGUUGUUGUUGAUGGUGUGGAACUGAAGGCAGUGUGUGAUACAGGUGCACCAUGUACGUUGUUGCCGAUUUCAUUUUUGGAAGAGAACGGAAUUAAGAGAAAAUUGAGAUCGUGUAAAGUGCCAUAUGUAGAUUACAAUGGUGUUAGGCUGAAGUUGGCUGGUGAAUAUGAUGCAAGUGUAACGUAUAAAGGUAUGGAUUAGUGGAUACCCUAGUUAGUGACAAUGGGUCACAGUUCACAUCAUCUGAAUUUCAGACAUUUUUAUCCUUAAAUGGAAUUAAGCACAGUUUAACUGCACCCGGACAUCCAUCCACAAAUGGGCAAGCC